AUGCAAAUUGGUCAUCGGAUAGCAAUUCUAGACCGCCGCCAGACAUUGAGAAAUCUGUCGAAAAGGAUACCCAUGGUACGAAACCAGAUACGCCUCACUUCCCAGAAACAAAUCUCGGUGAAGGCAUUGUUGGCUGGGAUGGGGAUGGGCAAGAUGACCCCAAAAAACCCCCAAAACUUUCCGUCAAGUCGUAAAUGGGGGUUGUUGGCGUUGAUGGCCGGCAUCACUUUCGUCUCGCCGCUCGCGUCCAGCAUGCUGUCACCCGCUAUUGAAUAUGUCGGGGCCGAUUUCGGGGUUACCAAUGAAGCUAUACUUUCUUUUACUGUGAGCAUCUAUUUGCUAGGUUAUUCAUUUGGCCCCCUCUUACUUGCGCCUCUGAGUGAGAUCUACGGUCGCCGAAUUGUUCUCAGCAGUGCGAACUGGUUUUUUGUCAUAUGGCAAAUAGGCUGUGCAAAAGCCCCGAAUAUUGCAAGUUUGAUUGUGUUCCGGCUGCUUUCUGGCGUGGGCGGCUCCGGGUGUUUGACUUUGGGAGCCGGCGUGAUCGCUGACCUCUUCCCCAUUGAGAGCCGUGGGCUAGCGACAUCUGUCUGGAGCAUGGGGCCAUUGCUAGGCCCUGUAGUUGGGCCAAUCUGUGGAGGAUUCAUUAGCGAGACUGUGGGUUGGCGCUGGGUGUUUUGGGUUCUUCUGAUAGUUGGAGGCAUCACCUCUGCUGGCAUUGAGAUUCUCAAUCGUGAGACUUAUGCCCCUAUUCUCAUUGAAUGGAAAACUAAGCAGCUCGCAAAGGAGUUAGGCAGGAAUGAUGUCCACAGUGCUUACGCAAAGCUGGGAGCUGAUACCUCUAUAUUGGCGAAGCUGAGAAUGGGCAUGGAACGACCGAUUCUCUUGUUCUGCAAAUCCCCCAUUGUCUUUCUUCUCUCAACAUAUCUGGCAUUGGAGUAUGGAUUACUCUAUCUUUUUUUCACUACCAUUCCUUCAGUAUUCAAAGACAAGUACGGCUUCUCAACCGGUUUAUCAGGGUUGGCUUAUUUGGGCAUUGGCAUCGGUUUCAUGGCUGGAUUAAUACUAACCGCACUCACCAACGAUCGAAUAAUGGCAAAAAUGGCACAGCGUAACGGCGGCAAAUUCGAACCAGAGAUGAGACUACCCAUGAUGAUUUUUUAUGCAGCCUUUUGCCCCAUCAGCUUCUUUUGGUACGGUUGGACGACCGACAAAGAUGUUCACUGGAUUGUCCCAAUCAUCGGCAUGGUACCGUUCGGCUUUGGAUUGAUGGGCUUAUACCUCCCCAUUCAGACCUAUAUCAUUGACUCGUACCCGACUCAUGCAGCAUCAGGAAGUGCUGCCCUCGUUGCUUCUCGAUCGCUACUAGGCGCUCUGCUCCCACUUGCUGGCCCAAGACUCUUUGCGACACUCAGCCUCGGAUGGGGAAAUUCCCUGCUAGGCUUCAUUUCACUCGCAUUCAUUCCCGUUCCCAUCUUCUUUUCUCAAUACGGAAAAGUCAUCCGCGAGAAGUAUCCGGUGCAACUUUAA